CAAAAUACUAAGCUGCUGGCAAUUCACAAUGUUGUGAGCAAGACCAGUUAUAAUUUUGUUUAAAAACACUGGAAAAAUAUAUCAAGAGCCUCAAAACUUGUAAGGAAAAUGGGUGGGCUGGACAUCCAGCAGCUGCUGAAAUUUGAUAUCAGCAGUGAUCUACCUGAAGAUAAGCUAGAGGAGUUGUACUCUGGCAUAGAUGCACUGAAAGAGAACAUUUCAGGAGAGCUAGACAAAGAUCAGCUUGCUCAGCUAGUUAUUCUAGCUCAAUGUGCCAUGAGAUGCAAGCAAGAACAGCUGUCUGUGGCUGUCGAGGAGAUCGAAAAACGUGCAGAAGCAUCAGGAGAAAAUGAAGAGCUUAAACAACGCAAUUCAGAACUUCAGAAGCUGGUUAACAAGUACAAGAGCAAGGGUGCAGACGCCCGGGGCGUGGAGCUCAGGACGGAGGUGGAGGAGCUACAGGCCGCCCGCAAUCAGCUGAAGAAGGACCUCAAGACCAAACAGCGGCAGCUUGAUGACGAGAAGCACGAAACGGACAAGCUGUCGGCGCGUGUGGAGGAGCUGGAGGUGGAGCGGCGCGAGCUGCGGCGCCAGGUGGAGCAGCUGAACGAGACCCUGGACGAGCUGCGUCGCGGAUAUGACUCCAGAUCGGACCCUGAGGACGCUGGCGAGCACCAGUAUGCGGAACUGAUCCGGCAGAAGAACCAGUACAUCAACGUGCUACUCGACGACGUCGAGGCGCACGAGAAGGACAAGUCGGAGAUGAAAGCUCAGGUGGUCUCACUGCGCGACCAGCUAUCGGAGGCCACGCGCCAGAUCGAGGACAUGACGGCCGAGUUCGAGGUCUUCAGGAAGCAGCCUCGGCCGGCGCCGCGCGGCGAACAAGAUGGCAGUGGCGAGGCGGCUCGCACCAUCCAACGUCUGGAGGCGCAGGUGGCCGAGCUGCAGGCGGUGAAGCUGCGUCGCGACCGUCAGUUUGACCAGCUGUCGGCCAUCGUGGAGCAGCGCACUGAGGAGUUCAAGCGGCUCAUCACGGGCCGCGACACCGAGAUAGAGGGUCUGCAGGCCGAGCUGCGCCGCGCCAACGUCAGGACGACACCAGACGUGGACUCGGACAAGCGGCGCAUCGGCGAGCUGCAGCAGCAUGGACACUUCCGCUCCGAGGUGCGCCAGCUGACCACCCAGCUGGAGGCCACCGAGCAGCAGGCGGCCGACUACAACGAUCAGGUGACGGAGCUGACGGUGAAGCUGCGGGAGGUGAUGGAGGGCGAGUUCGGACUGUCGGAGGCGGUGGCUGAAAUCAAGGAGUGUCAGCGCCAGGUCGGCGUGCGCGACCGCCAGGUGGCCGAGCAGAACAGCUACAUCAACCUGGUGCAGCGCCACCUCACGGAGCUGGUGGACGAGAACACGGGACUGAGGAGCCGCCUGGGCAUGGAGCCGCACGAGGCCGCGGACCUGGUGGCCAAUAACGCGGGCAAGGAGAAGCUCGUCCACGUGCUGGAAAGGGAGGUGGAGAAGCUCGAGGAGGAGAGGAUAGCUCUAAAAUUGGAGAACCGCAAGCUGAGCCGGCAGCUGAUCUCGGGCGGCCAGGCCGGCCUCUCGCCGGACGAGAUCCGCGACAUCUGCCGGCAGCGCAAGGAGUUCUGGGAAUACGUGCGCCGCCUGGGGCCAGCGGUGAGCGCCGUCAAGGUGGCGGCGCCCUCGCUGGAGGCACUCCUGCAGGCGAUGGACACCCGCAGCCUGGUGGGCCAGUUCCACUCGGCGCUCGUGCCCUACUCGAUGCUGCAGCAGCUGGAGGGCAAGAACGACGAACUGCGCAACCAGCUGCGCGCCGCCAGAGCCGAACUGCGCGGCGCCAGCGCUCUGGACGACCACGGCCGGGACGGCCAACAGGCGCGCGCCGAGCUGGAGACGCUGCGGCAGAAGUUUGCCGUCUUUCGCCACCAGAUGGGUCUGCUCUACCGACAGCGCGCCGAGGACGCCGACAAGUGGCAGGCCGAGCGGCGACAGCUCGAGCAGCAGCACGAGGAGGCCAGCUCGGAGAACCAGCAGCGCCGCGGCGGCGACGUGGAGGCGCGCGCUGUCUUCGUGUGA